GUAAGUAUAAAUGCAGCCUUGUGUGCUCUCUCUCCCUCUCUCUUGUGGCAGUAAAUAGCAGGUUCCAUUGCAAGAAAAACAGAAAGAGAGUUCCCAAAAUCAACAACGUUUUCAUUUUAAAAACCUUAAAAUAGUGUGCCAAAAGUAGCUUCAAAUCACAAAUAGGUACUAUCUCUCUCUUCUCACUUUUGCUUCUUUUUUCCUUUUCUCUUAACUAUUCCCCCUUCUGCACAUUCUGACCUAAGUUUUGAAAUUGGAGCCAUUUAUUUAUGAUACUCAAUUCAAAUUCAAUGCUCUCUUUUCAUCAUUGACCGCAUUUUUUUUUCUCUCCACCCAUCAAUUUUAAUUACCUUUUUUACCUUCUUCUUCUUCUCUCUCUGCUGCAAAACUCGUGUGACAUGACAUCUAGUACUACAUUGUUUGGAAACUUGAAAUAAAUGUAUAAAAAUUCAAUUUUUUGGUGUUUGUGCAACUUUUCAUGAGUUGGGUAUUUCUCGUUUGUUCAGUUUGGUUUUGAGAUUUUGAUUUCUUAGCUUGUGGUUGAAUAGUGGAUACUUUGGUUUUGGUAUAUAGUACAUGUUUAGGAAAUGAGUGAGAGAGAAGAGUUUGAGGUAGAUGGACAAAAGGGUCCUUUGGAUUGGAGGUUUGUGAGUGGCAAUCUUGUAAAUUCUAUGAUGGGUUUGGUUUCUAUGGAAAAUUCUAUGAUGGGUUGUUCUCCUUCAUGUUCUAACUCAAUGGUGGAUUCAUUUGGUCCUAACUUUUUGGACCUUGCUUCCAAUUCUGAAAGCUUUGCUUUUUGUGAUGUUAAUGGCCACAGUAAUGGAAAUGGAAAAGAUGGGUUAAGUUUUGCAAGAGAUGGUUGUGAUAUUGAUGAUGGUAGAACACUAGGAUUUGGAUGGAACCUUGCUGGUUCUAUGAUGAAUAAGGUUGGUGUUUUACCAAAUGGACCUGAGAUGUUUCCUCAAAAUUUGUCUCAGUUUCCAACUGAUUCUGAGUUUAUUGAUGCUGCACGAAUGUCGUGCUUAAGUGCCGGGGGUUUUGGAGAUACGGUUAACUCGUGUAGGAUUCCUCAAUAUAUGGCUCUACACGUGCCUCGAUCUGUUGAGCAUCCUAGAUGUGAUGGAAGUCUUGAAAAUGAUGGAAGAAGUGAUUGUCCUGUAAUGUCUCUGGAUGAAGGGAAACAAGCACUUGGAGGGUCUUGUAAUGAAGCUGAUAGAGUCGAGUCUAGCGGUGAGGGUGAUGAUGGGGUUGCCAUUGGUAGCCAUGUUGGUUCCCAAAUGUUGGAUUGUACAAGUGGAGAACCUUCUAUUAAAGGUCUAAACCGAAAGAAAAGGAAAACAAGUAGGCAGGAUGGUGAGUGCGACAAAGCCACCGGAACUAUUGAGCUGCCUAGGGAAACUGCAAAGGACAACUGUAAGAGUCGACGGCAGAAGGGAGAGAAGCAGCCAACUUCAACAACCAAGGAUUCCGGGAAGAAUGCUAAACAGGGGUCUCAAGCUUCUUAUCUGCCUAACGAGGGAUACGUACAUGUUAGGGCUCGCCGCGGUCAAGCGACAAACAGUCAUAGCCUUGCAGAGAGAGUGAGGAGAGAAAAGAUCAGUGAAAGGAUGAAGUUUCUUCAAGAUCUUGUACCUGGAUGUAGCAAGAUCACUGGCAAGGCAUUGAUGCUAGAUGAAAUCAUAAACUAUGUACAGUCUCUUCAGCAACAAGUUGAGUUUUUAUCAAUGAAACUCGCAACAGUGAAUUCACACGUGGAUUUCGAUAUGGAACGGCUGCUUCCUAAAGACAUUCUUCAACAUCGACAUGUUCCGUCGUCAUCUGCACCGGGGUUUCUAACAGAAAUGCCAAUGACUUUUCCUCCAUUAUUACAUCCAUCUCAACCAGGACUGAUUCGUUCGUCUCCACCUAACAUGGCUAAUCCAUCCGAUAUACUUGGGCGGAGCGUGGAACCACAAUUCACACCCCUGACUGAAGAAUUUAAAGAGCCAGAUCAGGUUAAUCCAUUGCAAGAAGCCAAGCACUGAAAUUACCUCAACACCAUCCUUUAUUAAUUUCAGUUUUACACUUAUAGUUUAGUUUCUACAUCAUAUGCUAGUAGUAAUUAGAAAUGAUGGUUGGAGUCAAUGGACAGUGAUGUUACUAAAUAGUAGUUAUUUGAAAGUUUCACCGAAGUUAGUAUUUUCUUUCUACUAGGUUUAUUUGAUUGUUUUAUAAACUAAUGAUGUACAUAUUUGAUACAAUUUGUAAUAUAGCUGCAUGAAGUGUGAGAGAAUGAACUUCAAUUAUACACUCCAGUUAUCAUAAAUAAGUUUUUGGUCCUUAUAAGUAUUAUUGCUUCAUUUUUAGUCCCUCCUGGAUUUUGGCAACAGGUUUAGCUGGUUUUGGCAACAGUUUUUUUGUAAAAACCGUUGCCUAAAGUAGGGGUGCUCGCGGUGCGGUUUGGGCGGUUUUGACGAAAAAAAUCAUCCGAACCGCAAGAGAAAAAAUCGUGCGGUUUGGUUUGGUUCGGUUGGCUUUUAAAAAAAAUCCGAACCAAACCAAACCAAACUAAUGCGGUUUGGUUCGGUU